UUUGAGAUCUUCAUUUUGACUUCAAAAUUUAAUGUUACGUAUAUUAUUUGCCAUAAUUAUAUAUGGCUAACUCUUCCGCAAGUUGGUAUAUAGGAAUAGGAUAUCCAUAUAUAUACAACAAAUUAAUAUCGCUAUUUAAGUAAUAGUUCUCUUCUUCAAGUUCCGAUCAGAGCGAGGGAAAAAAAAAUGGCUAAUCUUCGUCUAAUGAUCACUCUAAUCACAGUUUUGGUUUGUUUAUUCUCGAGCUUCACCAAAUCAUCCAAAGACAUUAGAAUUGAUUUACCUAAAUCCCUUAACCUCACCCUUUUAACCGAUCCUUCCACCAUCUCCGCCGCCUCUCAAGACUUCGGAAACAUCACCACCGUCACUCCCGGCGGCGUAAUCUGCCCCUCCUCAUCCUCCGAUAUAUCUCGUCUCCUCCACUACGCCGCGAACGGAAAAAUAACGUUCCAAGUGGCGGCUCGCGGCCAAGGCCACUCCUUGAAAGGCCAAGCCUCCGUCUCGGGAGGAGUCGUCGUCAACAUGACAUGUCUCUCUGACGUGGUGGUUUCGAAAGACAAGAAGUAUGCUGACGUGGCGGCGGGGACGUUGUGGGUGGAUGUGUUGAAAAAGACGGCGGAGAAAGGUGUUUCGCCGGUUUGUUGGACGGAUUACUUGCAUAUAAGCGUCGGAGGAACGCUGUCAAAUGGCGGAAUCGGUGGUCAAGUGUUUCGAAAUGGUCCUCUUAUUAGUAACGUCCUUGAGUUGGACGUUAUAAGUGGGAAAGGUGAAAUGUUGACAUGCUCGCCAAAGCUAAACUCAGAAUUGUUCUAUGGAGUGUUAGGAGGUUUGGGUCAAUUUGGAAUUAUAACCCGGGCCAGAAUUGUUUUAGACCAUGCACCUAAAAAGGUCAUUAUUCAUGAAAAGAUGAAAACUAUGCAAAUCAGACUUAAAUCUUAG